UCUUUCACCCCAAAUGUCAAUUUUUCGUUAUCCUCAUAAUAUGCCCCUUUGGAGUCCUUUUAGGGUUUACCCUCUCAAUUUUCUCUGCUCCCCGCCUGCCCUAAACGAACACCUUGGUCUCAGUCGCUCUUCUGCUUCGUCUCUGUCACAAAAUUCACUAGGAGUGGGAACUAUUUUAUAUAAAUCAAUGAAGCAUAUUGUGAAAAUUCUGACAUUGGUGGUGGCCAUCUCUGCCUUGUGGAUUGGUCUCUUACAGACGUCUAUUAUCCCACGUAGUCAUACUUGGUUGCUACCAAUAUAUUUCAUUGUGUCUCUAGGAUGCUAUGGCCUGCUAAUGGUCGGAGUUGGUCUCAUGCAAUUUCCGACUUGUCCUCAAGAAGCAGUACUGUUGCAGCAGGACAUAGCUGAGGCCAAGGAUUUUUUAAAGCAGAAAGGGGUCGAUGUGGGUGGCUGUGAUUGAUUCUGCACUCGGAGUACUCCCUCUUCUGUGUUUGGAUACGAAGAAAAGACCAAAUUUAGUUUAGAAUCCUUUGAACUCCGCUCGUUCUUGCAGAGAUAUGGUGGAUGACUUCAUGACACACCUUAUUGUUUCCGACUUACGGAAAAUUAGAGUUUUUAACUUGCCAGGUUUUACUGGGUUAAAGCAAUGAACAACGCCUUGGGAGUUUCUAACUUAUAGCUUCAAAGAAAAAGCCAUUGAAUUGUGGGAAGUAGAGAGAACUUUUGGAAAGUGUACAUCUCACCGUUGAUCAGUUCCUGUCUGUUUGUGUCUGGGAUGAAAUGUUUAUUUUUGUUCUUCAGUACAAAUAUAGAAGUUUUUUGUCGA